AUUUUCAUACAUGUAGCUAACAUCCUGGCUGGGCGUUAUUAAGUAUAUCCUGUUUUCCUCUUAAAACAAUAUCUGGUAAAGGGGAUUAAGCAAACAAAGUGUUACAAAUCUCAGGAUCACUAAAUCCGCGGCCUCGGUUCCUAUUGGUGCAAUCUUCCACGCCUCUCUUCUCAAAGCCAAUCAGCUGUGUCCCCAGAGCGCGUUCCCACAGUUCACCUCUGCAACGCCGCUACCCUGUUUAGGAAGGGAUCCCAGAGUUACUCCCAUCCCUCCCGGUUGAGGGUUGGGAGGUGCAUCCGAGGUAGAAAAUGUUGAGUUCCGUUCCGAGUUCAAGGACCUAGUCUGCUCUUAACCAUUUUACAGAGGGGGAAACCGAAGCGCAAAGCAGGAAGCGUGUGGCACAAGAACUGUUCAGACUGCCGCGGCGCCGUCACUGCGCAGGCUCCAGGCUAGUCAACCGAGAAGGCGGAAGAGCCGGGUCCCCGCGGCUCAGCCAGCGUCGCGGGCCAUUGACAGGACGGAGCGGGUCGCUUCUCGGAUUCUCACGAGCUGUCAGAGUUGGUAUACUCUGCCUCUAACCUGCUUGUGCUGCUCAACGACGGGAUCCUUCGGAAGGAACUCCGGAAAAAGUUGCCUGUGUCGCUGUCCCAGCAGAAGCUGCUGACAUGGCUGAGCGUGCUGGAAUGUGUGGAGGUGUUCAUGGAGAUGGGGGCCGCCAAGGUUUGGGGCGAAGUGGGCCAUUGGCUCAUCGUUGCCCUCAUCCAGCUGGCCAAGGCUGUCCUCCGGAUGUUCCUGCUGAUCUGGUUCAAGGCUGGCAUCCAGACCUCACCCCCCAUUGUUCCACUGGACAGGGAGGCCCAGGCACAGCCCUCGGGCAAGUGCUCUACCACUGAGCUACAUCCCCAAGAACUUGGAACUUGUGGUACCAAAGUCCUCAUUCUGUCUUGUGUGCUGCAGGAAGAGGGGACAGAACAUCAGCACAAGGCUGUGCUGGAAGUGUAUCCCUCAUACAGUAUGGCUUGUCUAUCCCUGCUAGAUGGCAACCACAGCCUGGGCAGCCAGGAGCAGUCAUAUGUGGGGAAGCGAUCAAACAGAGUUGUGCGAACCCUCCAGAACAGUCCGUCCAUACACUCGAGGCACUGGGGAGCCCCCCAACAGCGGGAAGGACGUCAGAAACAACAGCAGGAGGAGCUGAGAACACCCCCAACACCCCUGGGGCUGCAGGAGACCAUUGCAGAGUCUUUGUACAUCACCCGGCCACUGUUGCAUUUGCUCAGCUUGGGCUUGUGGGGUCAGCAGUCAUGGACACCCUGGCUGCUCGCCGGUGUGGUGGACGUGACUAGCCUGAGCCUCCUGAGUGACAGGAAGGGCCUGACCCGGAGGGAGCGGCUGGAGUUGCGGCGCCGCACCAUCAUGUUACUCUACUACCUGCUGCGUUCCCCAUUCUACGACCGCUUCUCUGAAGCCAAGAUCCUCUUCCUACUCCAGCUGUUGACGGACCACAUCCCUGGUGUAGGCCUAGUGGCGAGGCCACUCAUGGAUUACCUACCCUCCUGGCAGAAAAUUUAUUUCUACAAUUGGGGCUGACAGACAUCUGGGAGUGGGUGCCAAGCCAGGCAGGUGGCAAGCUCUGCUACUCUGGGCAGGGCCUGCCUCCGCCCUCUAGUCCCCCAGGCCAGUCUUCCCUAAUAAAACUGACUCUGGCAGCAGCCCA